GAUUUACUCGCCAUUAUUUGACAUAUAUUAAUUUUCUCUUCUUUAAAUCCUUCUCAUGCAUCCUCUGAGACUCCACUACUCAAGCCUUCUCUUCUCUAGUUAGUGUACCUCCUUUCUCUCAUCAGUUUAUAACGAUCUUCCUAUUCCUUCUGGAAAGGGAACGUUUCAGCAAAAAUGGAUGGCGGGGGAUGCAAUGUGAAAGUGGUGGAGCAGAACUCCAAGCCAAGAGUAAGAUUCUCUGAUGUUGGCUUAAGGAUACUGGGGCUGGCACUGACAAUGGUAGCUGCCAUUGUAGCCGGUGUAGAUAAGGAGACUGCAGUUGUGUCUUUCACUAUUACAAAAAACUUACCUACCGUUCAUGUUCCAGUCACUGCUAAGUGGCAAUACCUGUCUUCUACUGUGUACUUUCUUGUCGUGAAUAUCAUAGCUUGCUCAUAUGCAACAGCAUCUCUGAUAUUCUCCGUGGCAGCCCACCGGAACUUCAGGGAGCAUACGUCCUCAUUGGUUUUGGUCAUGCUCGACCUUGUAAUGACGGCCUUGCUCUUCUCUGCCGAGGGGGCUGCGAUGGGGGUUGGACUCAUAAGCAGGAACGGGAACUCUCAUGUGCAAUGGCACAAGGUGUGCAACAUGUUUAAGGGCUUCUGUCGUCAGAUGAUGGUUGCCAUGAUCAUGUCCCUGUUGGGUUCUUUUGUCUUUCUCUGGCUGGUGGCCUUGUCCAUUCUGAACCUCCACAAAAAAUCAAAAUAGAGACACAAGGAAAAAGGGCCAAUGGAAAGAGUUGUUGGGGGUAUUAAUAAAUGUUAAUUAAUAUGAUCACUAAAUGCUCUGAGAAAAGCAGUAACUUUGAGACCAAGCCAGCUGUAUAUAUAAUGUACGGACUAUUGUUACUGUAAGAUUUAGUUUGUGGUUGCAGAAUUAUGUGAUCUGGUGUUUCCUGUCCAAAGAUAAUUCAACAAGGGUCGUGAUUUUUCAAUUUGAACUAGUAAAAUGAUGUUAAUUUAAAUAAUUAUAAUUUUAAAUG